CCAAUCGCAAGUGGCGGAGCAGGGAAAGGGGGCCGAGCGAAGGGAGAAAAAAGUGGAGAAAAGGAGAAAGAGAGCGAGAGAGCGCAGGCUGGGGGGAUGUGUAAAAGAAGAAGCGUUGCUAAUUUUUUUUGUUUGUUUGCUUUUCCAUGCAUGCAUAAUGAGGCCUAAUCAGAGCACGUUGCUGCUGCUUGGAGGGCACUUUUGUAUUUAAAGCCUUGCAGAGAAAAAAAGAUCCACAGACGGAUCCGCAGAGCAGCUUGCAGGGCUUGUUGACAACAGAAGCAGCAUCGCAGCAUCAGUCGCCCGGAGAGAAAAGAGACACCGAAGGCUGCCUCUUCUCCUCUCCCCGUGCUAUCUUCUUGCUAGCGGGGAGAGACAUUUCUUCUCCCCGCCACCCGAAAGUGCAACCCGUACCGAGAGGGAGCGAGCGGAGACGGGACUGCGAAUGGGAUCGGAGCGGCUGGCAUGUGCAGAGAUGCUGCGAGCGGAGAGUUAAAAGCUCCGGAGAAGGCAGCAGCAGCAGCAGCUGGGCAUUUAUUUUGUGAAAAAAAAAAAAAAAAAAGGAAAAAAAAAGAGAAACGGAACUGCAUGAGGAGCAGGGCAGCACCAUGAGCUCUCCCGGCGCAGCCUGCAAGUCCCCGAGCGCACUCCGGAGCCGCUCUCCUCCAAGCCCCCGUUUGCACUGAUUCCCCCCACCUCUCCGGGCGCCUUCGCCGCCGUCGCCGAGCCGGGAGCAGCGGGUGGGGGGCACGGGACGGCCCCCGGCGCCUGCUUCGUACGCGGCGCCGUCGGUUUCAUCUCCCGGGGGCUGGAGGGCCUCGGAGCCGGCGCGGAUGGAUUGAUGCGAGGAGACCUCAUGCACACGGCCGGCGGGAGUUUUGCAAACUUUUCCACGGGCGGCAGCUCCAUCUCCUCCUCCUCCUCGUCUACCAGCGCCUCUCCCCCGCUCGCCUGCGGCAGCAGCCGCCGCCGCCGCCCGCGAUGGUGGCCCGCUCGCCCGCUCGGCACGGAGGCGGCGGCGGGCGCCGCUGGACGAGGCCGGCCGCCUGGCUGUGGCUGGCGGCGGCGCUGGGCGCCGUGUGGCCGCCGCGGGGCUCGCUGGUGCAAGGCCGGCGGCUGAUCUGCUGGCAGGCGGUGCUGCAGUGUCAGGGGGAGCCCGAGUGCAGCUACGCUUACAACCAGUACGCCGAGGCGUGCGCCCCGGUGCUCCUGCAGCAGCCACCGGCGGGAGGCGGCGGGGACGGGCCGGCGGCCGCUGCAGGCGCGGCCUCCUCCUCCAGGCGGCGGUGCCCCAGCCACUGCAUCGCGGCCCUCAUCCAGCUCAACCACACCCGGCACGGCCCGGCGCUGGAGGACUGCGACUGCGCGCAGGACGAGAACUGCCGCGCCACCAAGCGCGCCAUCGAACCCUGCCUGCCCCGCACCAGCGGCGGCCCCGGCGGCGGCCCCGGCGGCGGCGGCGGGCCCGGCGGCCCCGGCGUGAUGGGCUGCACGGAGGCGCGGCGGCGCUGCGACUGGGACAGCCGGUGCAGCCUGGCCCUCAGCCGCUACAUGACCUACUGCGGGAAGCUGUUCAACGGGCUGCGCUGCACGCCGGAGUGCCGCGCAGUCAUCGAGGACAUGCUGGCCGUGCCCAAGGCCGUGCUGCUCAACGACUGCGUCUGCGACGGGCUGGAGCGGCCCAUCUGCGAGUCGGUCAAGGAGAACAUGGCCCGCCUCUGCUUCGGCGCCGACAUGGGUGGCAACGGCGCGGGCAGCAGCGGCGGCUCGGACGGCGGCCUGGAGGAGUACUACGACGAGGACUACGAGGAGGAGCCCAGCCAGAAGGGGAGGGACGACGCGGAGGACAAUGCGGGCUCCGAGCCCGGCUUCCCCGUGCAGGCGGAUAGCGCCGGCCGGCCCGCCGCGGCUUGGACGCUGCUGGCCUCCAUCUUGCUGCCUCUGCUGCCGCGGCUCUAGCGUCUCUCCCUCCCGCCUUCCCUCCCCCUGCCCCGGGCCGCCGCUGGCCUCCUGGCGGGCCUGCCCGCGGCGGCGGCGGGGGAAGCGGCCGGCUGGGCCGUUUUAAACGCUCCGACUGUUAAUCCUCCGACCGUUAGGCCCGGCGCCCCCCCAGCCCCCCCCCCCCGCAUCUUCCCGAAGGCGGAGGUUCCCGCGCCCGUCAGCACCCUUCCCCCGGCCCGGCGUCCUGCGGCUGGGGAAGCCGCCACGGGGCCUUGUCGGCUGGAGGUCGGGUUGGUGUGGCGGAGCGGGGUCUGCGGCCCGCUGUUUUUUCGUGUGUGGGUCUGGAGUGUGCACUAUGCAAUUGCCGCCGCCUGGCCGCCGUGUCAGCAGGGAGCGGACGGGCUGAGGGGGGGACGCUGAGGCUCCCCGCUGCCGCCAGCCGCCCCGGGAGAAGGCAGGAGUAAUGACAUGCUGGUAGUGGCGCUUUUUUUUUUUUUUUAGUGGGCGUUUUGACAUGAAGGUUAGAAGGAGGUGAACUACGCAAACUUGCUGCCAGAGCUGUUGCCGUGCUGGUUAGUCAGCAAGGCGAUGGUCGUUGGCCACGUCUCGCUCUUGGUGAGGCAGUGCUGCCUGAAAUGGGGAUACGCCGCAUCUGCCGUUAAUUAAAUUUAAGGAAAUAGCAGACUGAAUAAAUUCUGUGGUUUACAGCACUCCCGCUUGCACACACAUCUUCCCUAUAACAAAAGCAUGCCAGCAGCCGUCUCUUCCUCUUAAACACAGUGACAUAAAAAAAAAAAAUAUUUUUUUUUUUCACGGUUGUUGGCUAUGCUGAACAAUGCAACUUUUGUUUUAAAAGAGCUCUGCACUGCCAUCUUUGAAAGACACUUUUAAAAUCGAGAACAUGUAUGUACAAAUAUCCUGGAAAGUUAUAUUGCCUCUCAUCAUAUCAGGGUGCUGACCUCUGGUAAAUCUUAUAUAAAAAAUGUAUUUAAAACUGGGAUUUGUUACCAGUCGCUCUUCUUUGUAUAUAGAAUUUUAUAAAUUCUAUGCUUUGGGGAUAAUUUAUUUAAAAAAAAAAUAAUAAAAGUUUUAAAUCCACUUCCUAUUUGCCAGAAAAUUGCAUUUGCUAUUCUUUUCUGGAAAGGUACAGAUUUCAUUUUAUGUUUAAAGGGAUACCAGCAACAGUGAUUCAGUGAAGUAUUCUGUAGAACAUCAAAUGUACAGUGUAUUUUAUAGAUUGGAAGUUAACUUUCUUAUUUGGAGAGACUUUAUGAACAUUGUAGAAUUGUAUAAACGCAUUUCUGAGCUGCCUUAAACCUUGUAUUUUUUAUAGGAGGCGUGAAAAAGGCCUGUGUUUUAAAUAUGUACGGCUUUUUGUAUUUUCUAAACGUGUAAAUUAGUAAAGAAAGAGCUUUAAAUAAUGGAUGUAGUGAAAUUGUUUUCCAGGGACACUUGAACUCUCAGCACCCGAGGUUGGAGGGGGGGGAGGGGGGGGGAGCGAACCACAGAAUAGCAAACCAAAAACAAUCAACAAACAAAAAUCUCUGUCUGCCUGUAAUACUUUACAUAGAUGUAAAUUACUGCUAUUCUUACUUUAAUGAAUAAUUACAUGCAAGAAGUAAA